CCAGAGAAGUGCGUGGUGCCUAGACAACACCUUGCAAUCGAAGAUCGCGUUGUUGGAGGCAGCCUUCGCCCUGGCGACCGACCGUCCAAUCUUGACGGGCUGAUCGAGGGUCAGAGUUCUCUCGUUGAAAUGGUAUUUUAGGUUAACCCAAUUGUAAACAAGUCAAGAAAUAUUACAAGAAAAAUGAACAAAACAAAAGAAAAAGAAAAUGACAAGGAGGAAAAGAAACCGAUUAUCGUGCGAAACACCACGGAUUUACAGAGACUCAAGCUAGAAAAGCUGAUGAAAAAUCCUGAAAAACCUGUAAUAAUACCCGAGACUCCGAAAGAAAAAGGGGUUCCGAAUGUUCCCGAUUUCGUCAGGAAUGUCAUGGGUUCCAGUGCUGGUGCAGGUUCAGGAGAGUUUCAUGUUUACAGACACUUGAGACGCAAGGAAUAUGCCAGGCAAAAGUACAUGCAAGAGAGGGGUGAAAGAGAAAGACUUGACAAUGAAUACAAGCAAAAACUGGAGGAUUAUAAGAAACAGGCGGAGGAAAAGACGGCGAAAAAACGUGCUAAACGUCUAAAAAAGAAGCAAAGGAUGAAAAACGCUAAAAAGAACAAAACUGAAAAGAAGGAAAGCAGUGAAUCAAGUGAAUCCGAAGAUGAAACUGAAGGACACAAAAGUGAAUCUGAUUCAAAAGAAAAUGCCACAGAUUGUAAUGAUUCAAAUGAUAAGAAUAAAAAUAUGGAAUCAGAAAAGCUGGAAAAUGAUAAAAAUGAAACUGAACAAGAGAAAGAAAACUCAUAACAAUUUUAAUAAAACAUUUUCUGUUUGUAAUUAAUAAAUUAAGAAAUUUAAUAAA